CUUCUGCGACUUUCAACAACCACGAAUUUCUGUGUGAGUAAAGGCAAAUCAAUCUUUCUCGAGAACUUCUAGGACAGAUUCCAUAAGAGGACGUUGGAGUAUAAUUUAGCGCUGCUUCACAGAAAGAUCGCACAUUGAAAUAUCAUUAGAUCUACCUAUAUUGUCAUCGAACGCUACAUAAAGUCCGGUCCUCCGGAGAAUAGUAUAAGAUGGCUAUAGCAGCCAUAGGCCAAUUAUGUUCGACAGGUUCCAUGAGCCAUAACCUUGCGCUUUGCCAAGUGCUAGUCAAGAAGGCAGUGGCCGCUGGAGCAAAAGCACUUUUCCUCCCGGAAGCAACGGACUACAUUGCUCAAAACUCUCAAGAAUCCUUGUACCUCGCUCUCCCUAUGGAAACAAGCCCAUUCGUUCUAGGCCUACGAGAAGCUGCGAAGGAAUCUGCAUUAGCAAUAAACGUCGGUAUUCAUGUGUCUACGAACAGUGGAAAGCUCGCAAACAGGAGCUGCUGGAUAAACGAAAAGGGCGAGAUCGAAUCUUACUAUGACAAGCUUCACUUAUUCGACUACGGCGUAUUACGGGAGAGCAAUAGCGUAGAAGGCGGAAAGACUAUCGUACCUCCUAUUGAAACUGUGGUUGGUCGUGUUGGUUUGAUGAUAUGCUUUGAUCUGCGAUUCCCUGAAAUCAGUUUGGCAUUGAAGCGUCAGAACGCUCAGAUCAUAACUUACCCAUCGGCUUUCACAGUGAAGACUGGGCAAGCACAUUGGGAGACUUUGCUGAAAGCAAGAGCCAUUGAAACUCAAGCGUAUGUCAUCGCUGCAGCUCAAGUUGGAGCACAUAAUGAGAAAAGGACAAGCUAUGGACAUUCAAUGGUGGUUGAUCCGUGGGGAAAGGUGCUUGUAGAUAUGACAGGAGAGGGCAACGAGGCUGAGAUUGGGGUGGUUGAUAUUGAUCUUGAUUACAGAGAGAAGAUCAAGAGUGAGAUGCCGCUGCUGAGGAGAACUGAUAUCUACACUGAGAUUUGAAACGGGAUAUGAAUUGAAACAUCAAGUUUGAUAUCAGGACAUUAAAUCCUAGGCUCUGAAUACCUCACAGGGCCACAGACCUCGGAUGGCAGUUUCAAAGGUAGUUUCGCAAGGCAAUUGAGUCUUCUAAUGCUCUUUGUGCCUGUCUAUUGCCGAAUAUCAAACAAUUGGUGCUCUGGGUUAUACGGCUCUACAAGAAUGCUUUUCCGUCCAAACGCCUGUAAUGCUAGUAGUUGAAUCAUAGCUGCUCUCGGUCUGUUGAAUCCUCUCUGCGACAAUCAUCUCUAUGCA